UCUCCCUGUCUUCCCUUUUCUCAACUACAAGAUUCAGCCUACCCCUAAGGGGUUUGAGCAUCUUCAAGGUCUCCCACCCUUCACUGCUCCGUCCCCGGAUGGAGCCAGAGAAAUGUGGUGGGGGGGUCGGGGCCAGAGUUUCAACAUCGCCCCCCAGAAGGCGGAGCCAGACAUGGGGCUCUCUGGACCAAAGUCUGUCCAGAGGACUGGGAUGCUGGAGUCCAGGAGUUGUCAGCUUGGCCGUCAGCUGGCCACGGGAUGCCUCCCAGGGGAGCAGAUCCUAGCAUGGGCCCCAGGGGUAAGGAAGGGGCUUGAACCUGAAUUGCCUGGAACCCUGAUCUGCACCAACUUGAGGGUCACCUUCCAGCCCUGUGGAUGGCAACGGAGUCAGGAGACUCCCCUGAGCAGUGAAUAUGAUUUUGUCCUGGUCAACAUUGGGCGAUUAGAGGCUGUGAGUGGAUUGUCCAGAGUCCAGCUCCUCCAUCCAGGGUCCCCACUUAAAUUUAUCCCUGAGGAGAUUCUCAUUCAUGGCCGAGACUUCCGGCUGCUCAGAGUUGCUUUUGAGGCUGGAGGACUAGAGCCUCAGGCCUUUCAGGUGACCAUGGCCAUUGUCCGAGCCAGAGCUCAGAGCAGUCAAGCCCAACAGUAUGCAGGGAUAUCCCUGAGCAAGGCUGGCCAGAGUUCAGGGUCCAGAAAACCCUCUAUCCCCCUCUUGGAGACAUCAGAAGACUGGGAGACUGAGCGGAAAAAGCAGGGGGCCAAGGGCUGGAGAGUCAGCACUGUCAAUGAGAGGUUCGACGUAGCCACCAGCCUCCCCCGUUACUUCUGGGUCCCGAAGCGAACUCUGGACAGUGAGGUCAGGAGAACAUUUGGCCACUUCCAUCAGGGCCGUGGACCGCGCCUGUCCUGGCAUCACCCUGGGGGCAGUGAUCUUCUCCGCUGUGGUGGCUUCUAUACAGGCAGCGACCCUAACAAAGAGGAUAUCAGAGCAGUGGAGUCAAUGCUCCAGGCUGGGCAUUCAGAUGUUGUGCUGGUGGAUGCCGUGGAUGAACUGCCUAGUCUUACAGAUGUUCAGCUUGCCCACUUGAAGCUGAGGGCCCUCUGCCUGCCUGAUUCAUCUGCAGCUGAGGAGAAAUGGCUCUCGGCCUUGGAAGGAACACGAUGGCUGGAUUACGUCAGGUCUUGUCUUCGAAAGGCCAGUGACAUCUCAGUCUUAGUGACAUCCAGGGUUCGCUCUGUAAUACUCCAAGGUGAGUUUCUCGGGUUAACCUAUUCCAUGCCUUCCUUUUUCCUUUACCCACCCAACUGGGAGGAAGAUCUUUAAGUCUUCCUUGUCCCCAGCUAGCACUACAAUCCUCCUCUCCUGUCAUUAGGAACUACCCAUGGGCCUUAACUCAUCCUUCAGUGCUACCCUGCCUCCCAGUAGCAGUAGUAUUACUACUAGCUGUAGUGUUACUACAGC